GUUCAGCUACCUUUUUGGUAGAUUUUAAUUCAACAUGCUACUUCUUUAAUUGAUUUCACCUUUAAUUGGUAAGCAUGUAGUCCAGGUUUAAGACUAUACAACAGUAUAAUUAUAUAGUAUAUAUUUCACUUUUCUUUUUCCAUAAACAGAACAAAUUUCGGAUAUUGCUGUUCUCUGUUGAUAAAACAAUACUGAAACAAUGGCGGGUGAAUGACAUACGGCGCAAAGUUGAAUCUAUACAGAUUAAGGACAUGAACGUCGAAGGCAAAACAAGCAGUGUUGAGCUAGGAGGGGCUCCCUGGCAGACAGCCAUUGAGAUGAACGGCGGGAUUCCCCGGUCAGACACCCUCAACUCGACCAGCUCCACCUCCACCCAACGCAAGAAGCGGGAGCACGCCAAGAAGCCGGUGCAAUGCACCACCACGGUGAUCCGAGCCCCGCGGGUGCUCUUCUGCCUCCGGCUCGGGAACCCCAUCCGCAUGGCAGCCAUCGCCAUUGUGGAGUGGAAACCAUUUGAUAUAUUCAUUCUGCUGGCCAUCUUCGCCAACUGUGUGGCUCUCGGGGUCGCCAAGCCUUUCCCAGAGGACGACUCCAACCCCACAAACCAUGCCCUGGAGCGAGUGGAGUAUGUGUUCAUGGUUAUCUUCACCAUUGAGACCUUCCUGAAAAUCCUGGCAUAUGGCUUGAUUCUGCACCCCAACGCCUACAUUCGCAGUGGCUGGAACUUGCUGGACUUCGUCAUUGUCAUCGUCGGCCUGUUCAGCAUGGUACUGGAGGGGACAUCCAACAAGUCUGGGGAGUCCCACCACACAGGAGGAAAGCCUGGUGGACUGGAUGUGAAAGCUUUGAGGGCGUUCAGGGUACUGAGGCCACUGCGGCUGGUCUCGGGAGUGCCCAGUCUUCAGAUUGUGCUGAACUCCAUCAUGAAAGCCAUGGUCCCACUGCUGCACAUCUCCUUGCUGGUCCUCUUUGUCAUCAUCAUCUACGCUAUCAUCGGCUUGGAACUCUUCAUCGGCAGGAUGCACAAGACGUGUUUUUACAAAGGCGCAGACCUCAUUGUUGACGAUGAACCAGUGCCCUGCGCAUUUGCGGGAUACGGCCGUCAGUGUGAAAAGAACGGGACGGAGUGUAGGGGCAAAUGGGAGGGCCCCAAUGGAGGGAUCACCAACUUUGACAACUUCUUCUUUGCCAUGCUGACGGUCUUCCAGUGUGUCACCAUGGAGGGCUGGACCGAUGUGCUCUACUGGAUGAAUGAUGCCAUCGGGUAUGAGCUGCCCUGGAUAUACUUUGUCAGCCUGGUCCUCUUCGGCUCCUUCUUUGUCCUCAACCUCGUUUUGGGUGUGUUGAGCGGGGAGUUCUCCAAGGAAAGAGAGAAAGCGGUGGCACGGGGAGACCUGCAGAGGGCCAAUGCGAGGCAGCAGAUGGAGGAGGACAUGCUUGGGUAUAUGGACUGGCUGGAGCAGGCCGAAGACAUUGAUGAAGAUGAUGAAGAAGCCAAGAAAAAACAACGGCGGAGGAGACGUGUUUUUCUACGUCAGAUUGGCGGUAUAGAGCAAGACAGUGACUCGGACUCGGAGGACUUUGAGAACAUUGACCUUGACGACGAUGGUUGUUGUGCCUCCUGCUGUGCCCGACUGAUGGCCAAUCCUCUUUGUGACGAGCUCUGCAAAUGGAACCACUCAUUUCGCAAGAAAUGCAGAUCUGCAGUCAAGUCUGUCACGUUCUACUGGGUUGUGCUUCUGCUGGUCUUCUUAAACACAGCAGCCAGCGCAUCUGAGCACUACAAUCAGCCCGAGUGGCUUACUGGGGUUCAGGAAACUGCCAAUCGGGUGUUAUUAACACUUUUCACCCUGGAGAUGUUGCUGAAGAUGUACAGCUUGGGGCUGCAGCUCUACUUCCUAGCUUUCUUCAACCGAUUUGACUGUUUCGUUGUGUGUGGUGGCAUUGUGGAGACUAUCUUGGUGGAGAUGAGCAUCAUGCCCCCACUGGGUAUUGCUGUGCUGCGAUGUGUCAGGUUGCUGAGAAUCUUCAAGGUUACACGCCACUGGAAUGCCCUGUCCAACCUGGUGGCUUCCUUGAUCAAUUCCAUGAAGGCCAUCGCUUCCCUGCUCCUCCUCCUCUUUCUCUAUCUGACCAUCUUCGCUCUGCUGGGGAUGCAGCUUUUUGGGGGAAAGUUCAACUUUGAUGAGACGCAGACCAAGCGGAGUACUUUCGACAGCUUUCCUGCUGCUUUGCUCACCUGUUUCCAGAUCCUGACAGGUGAGGACUGGAACUCGGUCAUGUACGAUGGCAUCAUGGCUUAUGGUGGCCCAAACUUCCCUGGCAUGAUUGUCUGCAUAUACUUUGUGAUCCUCUUUGUCUGUGGAAACUAUAUCCUGCUGAAUGUCUUUCUUGCCAUCGCUGUGGAUAACCUGGCCACUGGAGAAAAGGAGGGCAAAAAGGAGGAAAAAAAAGUGGAGGAAGAGGAGGAAGAUGAGGAAGACGAAGCAGAAAAGAUUGAGAAUGAAGAGGAUGAGGAGCAGUUGGAAGGAGAAGGGCCUGAGGAAGCAGGAAAACAGCUAAACAUGACUAACUUUGCCCCUCCCAUUGAGAAAAUUGUCCCCAUCCCAGAGGGGUCUUCAUUCUUCUGUCUCAGAAAGCACAAUGGGUUCCGGAAAGGAUGCCACAAGCUCAUCCACCACCCCAUCUACACAAACCUCAUCCUCCUUUUUAUUAUCCUCAGUAGCAUCUCUUUGGCUGCGGAGGACCCCAUCAGGGCCCAUUCCUUCCGGAACACGGUCUUGGGCUAUGCGGACUACGCCUUCACGUCAAUAUUCACCGUGGAGAUUAUACUGAAGAUGACUGUCUAUGGGGCUUUCCUGCACCAAGGCUCCUUCUGCAGGAACUGGUUCAACCUCCUGGACCUGUUGGUCGUCAGUGUGUCGCUCAUGUCCUUUUUUCUCCACUCCAGUGCUAUCUCCGUGGUUAAGAUACUCAGAGUCCUGAGAGUACUGCGGCCGCUCCGGGCCAUUAACAGAGCCAAGGGACUUAAGAACGUGGUCCAGUGUGUGUUCGUGGCCAUUAGGACCAUUGGGAAUAUCCUGAUCGUGACCACGCUGCUGCUCUUCAUGUUUGCCUGCAUUGGAGUGCAGCUCUUCAAGGGGAAGUUCUACGCCUGCACUGAUGAAGCCAAGCACACACCAGAAGAAUGCAAGGGGACAUUCGUGGUGUACAAGGACGGGGACGUGAACCACCCCAUGGUGAGGGAGAGGGUCUGGUACAAUAACGAGUUCAAUUUUGACAACGUGCCUCAGGGGAUGAUGGCCCUCUUCACCGUGUCAACCUUCGAGGGCUGGCCUGACCUUUUGUACAAAGCCAUCGAUGCCAACGCUGAGAAUCAAGGUCCCAUCUACAACUACCGCGUGGAGAUCUCCAUUUUUUUCAUCAUCUACAUCAUCAUCAUCGCCUUCUUCAUGAUGAACAUCUUUGUGGGCUUCGUCAUCAUCACGUUCCGUGAGCAGGGCGAGGCAGAGUAUAAGAACUGCGAGUUGAACAAGAAUCAGAGGCAGUGUGUGUACUAUGCAUUGAAGGCCCAACCUUGGAGACUCUAUAUCCCCAAGAAUCCAACACAGCUGAAGUUCUGGACAAUCAUCAACUCCACUGCCUUUGAGUACAUCAUGUUCGUCCUGAUCCUGCUCAACACUGUGACGCUGGCUGUACAGCAUUACGAUCAGUCCAAGCUCUUCAGUUCUGUCAUGGACAUGCUCAAUAUAGUCUUCACCUGUCUCUUCACUGUGGAGAUGGUGCUCAAGCUUCUGGCUUUGCGCUUCAGGCACUACUUCAUGGAUGCCUGGAACUCUUUUGACGCUCUGAUCGUGGUGGGCAGUGUUCUGGACAUCCUGCUGACGGAGCUGAGUACCGGACACUCUGCAGAGGGCUCAGAGGAAAGCUCCAGGGUGUCCAUCACUUUCUUCCGCCUUUUCCGAGUGAUGCGAUUGGUCAAGCUGCUGAACAAGGGGGAGGGCAUCCGCACUCUGCUCUGGACCUUCGUCAAGUCCCUCCAGGCUCUGCCCUACGUUGGCCUCCUCAUCGCCAUGAUCUUCUUCAUCUAUGCUGUCAUCGGCAUGCAGACUUUUGGGAAGAUAGCUCUGCAGGACAACACCAGCAUCAACCGGAACAACAACUUCCAGACGUUCCCACAGGCAGUGCUGCUGCUCUUCAGGUGUGCAACCGGAGAGGCCUGGCAGGAGAUCAUGCUGGCCGCCCUCCCGGGAAAGCUGUGUGACCCCGAGUCAGACUACGAGCCGGGCGAGGAGUACACGUGCGGCAGCAACCUGGCCAUCGUCUACUUCAUUAGCUUCUUCAUGCUCUGCGCCUUCCUGAUUAUUAACCUCUUUAUCGCCGUUAUCAUGGACAACUUUGACUAUCUGACACGCGAUUGGUCCAUUCUUGGCCCCCAUCACCUCGAUGAGUUCAAAAGACUGUGGUCUGAGUAUGACCCUGAGGCCAGUGGCCGCAUUAAGCAUCUGGACCUGGUGACGCUGCUUCGCAGGAUUCAGCCUCCGCUGGGCUUUGGGAAGUUGUGUCCUCAUCGAGUCGCCUGCAGGAGACUGGUGGCCAUGAACAUGCCACUGAGAGGCGACGGUAUGGUGACCUUCAACGCCACCCUGUUCGCUCUGGUCAGGACAGCACUAAAGAUCCGCACAGAUGGCCCCCCAGAGGUGGACAAUGAAGAGUUAAGGCUCAUCAUUAAGAAAAUCUGGAAACAUACAAAGCCCAAACUUCUGGAUGAAAUCCUUCCAGCUAGAGAGGAGGGAGAGAUAACACUGGGGAAGUUCUACGCCAGCUUUGUAAUCCAGGACUACUUCAGAAAAUACCGGAAGAGAAAGAAUAACCGGAAGAAGAAGAAGGACAAGUCCUCUGCCCUGCAGGCUGGCUUACGUACCCUGCAAGACCUGGGCCCUGAGAUGCGGCUGGCCAUGUCAUGUGACCUGGAGGGGGAAGAGGAGGAAAUAGGGGAGACGGGGGAGAUGAAGGAGGAUGAGGACUUCUACAGGAGUGAUGACGUGUACGAGGAGGACAUGGAGCUCCCUCCCAAAGGCAACUUUCUCCCCGAGUCACCAGACCUCCACGACACAUGUGUGUCGGCCCAGGAGGAGGAGCUGGAGGAGGUCGUCGCCGUUGAGGAGGCGGCCGACGAGCCUCUCGAAGAGGAAGGGGAGCUGGAGGGGGAGCUGGAGGAAGUAGAAGCCGAGCCCCCCCCUCAGCUAGUCCAGGAGGAGCGAUUAACAAAUGAGGAGGUGAUAGUCCAGCAACCGAAAUUCACCAACAGCAGCAGGUACAGCCCUGUGUCCCAGUGGGAAUACGCCCCCGAGGUUGGCGAGGAGAACGGCUCAGGUGUGCCGGGGUACUACACCUGGGGGGAGGACAGGGAGAGCACUGCGUCCCGGAGCAGGCCCUGGUACCCCGAAGCCCCCCCGCUAUACCGUGGGCACACCUACGAUGCACAGCCUGCCAACCAUGUGGCCUACAGACCCCCCUACAGCAAUGGGGAAGCACAGAGAUCGGGGCAUCAGCGCCGGCGUCUGCUCCCAGCCACCCCCACCGGACGGAAACCUUCAUUUAAUAUCCAGUCUCUGAGGUACCAAAGCAGCAAUGGCGACGCUCCCAUCCCAGGAAUCUAUCGGGAAAACUCACCACAUGUGCAGACAUACAGCACCAUUGAUCCUCAUGGUGGCGGCUGGUCCUCUGUAGGAUCACCCUCCUCCUCCACUUGGGCCAGCACAAGCCCGCGACAUGGCCGCCUGCUCUACACUCCCCUCAUCCUGGUGGAGGAAGAGGGGCAGGGGGCCCCAGGCCUGGCCACCUGGGCGGACGAGGUGACGGGUAGUGCCAGCCUGCCUGCUGCCACGUGUGUGCCCAGCUGGUUCACGGAUGGCAACCGAACAUUAUCCAGCCUGGGGGUCCCCUCCCAGUUCGGCUCUCCGUACCUGGAGAAGAGAGGCAGCGCAGACAGCCUGGUGGAAUCGGUCCUCAUCUCCGAGGGGCUGGGCCUUUAUGCCAAGGACCCAAAGUUCGUAGACUUCGCCAAGCGGGAGAUCGCCAGCGCCUGCGACAUGACUGUUGACGAGAUGGAGAACGCAGCCAAUGACUUACUGAGUCGAGGGAACCUCCGACGGCACAACCCUGAGGCAGAACCCGGGUACAGCGAUGACGAGAUUACAUGGGGCCAGAUCGAAGAGGACCUGGCGGACGAGAUGAACUGCAUGUGAACCUGUUCCUGACUCUUUUUUAACUGUGUAACAUUUCUUCCGGAACCUUCCGUGUUCCUCUCGAGCUACCUGCUGUGCUUCUAGUUUGCUGUAUAGAAUCAGUUUUCCAGGUUUCUCAUGAGAAGGAGCUGAACAGCUCUGGUUGACCACUAAGCAGCUUCAAGAACAAUGAGUUUUACAGUAGUCGACAUUUCUGAAUAUUGGCACUAUAUGUGUCUAUGUAGCAGAU